AUGGCGAAUCCUUGGAUACCGCAUAUAGCUUCUAUUGCACAGAGUAUCAAUUCGGCUGGGGUUCCCUGUAUCCUCUGGGGUCACUGCCUUCUCAACCUCCAUGGCAUACCUUCAAUUAUCGGGUCAAUCGACUUCGUUAUCCCUGAUCAGAGCUUGAUGGUUAGCACCAAACAACUAUCUCAACUUUCUUACCUGGAGCCGUGUACCGAUCAGGAGACCUGCCCUUGUAGCUCUCCAGAGCAGUAUACUCCAUUACCCGCAUUCCACAUGCAUCUUAAAGACUCCGAUGUUACAAUGGCUCUUUAUCUCCAAUCAGAGACUUUUUGGUUCUUACCUCCGCUAAACAAAGAGCUGGUAUUUCCUACCAAGCAUAAGCUGCCAGAGUAUUUCUUAACAGCAUCUGAUCAAGAUUUAGUAAUUGUGCCAAAGUCCCACGUCUUGCUAGAGGCCUUUAUGCGGUUGUAUGCACGUGACUCAGGAACGCGAAUUGGGGCUUUCGCUAUGCCCAUGAUCGGGUAUGUGGAGGAGUACGUGGACGAAGACGGGUACUUAGACACCGACAAACUCCCAAUGCCACUUAGGGGGCAAUACCUGAAGUUGCGGGAGGGGACAGAGCCAGUUCGCCGAUGGACGAGGGAGUUGAGACAUUCUCUAGGGAUUCAGGAGGACAAUUCAGAUUGUGAUUAAGGUUACUAGGUUUUUACUUCUGUCGUAUCAGCUUACUUGUUUCUCUUGUACUUGGUGUUGCUUUGAUCAAGUGCUGUGGAAAAUGCGCCCACAACGUUGAACAUGGCGAACGUCAUUACUUCGAAUGCAACAGCUAUGAGUACAUAUCUACGGUCGUUGGUGUUGCAAAACGAAGGCUUAUGCAGCUUAUGAGAAGCCGGCCCCGGCGUGUAAUAUUGGUGUUGCGGAGGGACGCUAGGUGCUGAGCGGCUAAAGUCACUGACCCUAGCGCCUGAGUGAGAUAUUAGCAUGGAAGAGUUAAAAGAGGCGUUUCUUUCUUGGAUAGAGAUAGUAAAAAGACA